UGUCCGCAGUCUCUGGUCAUCCCCUGUACUGUGUCCGCAGUCUCUGGUCAUCCCCUGUACUGUGUCCGCAGUCUCUGGUCAUCCCCUGUACUGUGUCCGCAGUCUCUGGUCAUCCCCUGUACUGUGUCCGCAGUCUCUGGUCAUCCCCUGUACUGUGUCCGCAGUCUCUGGUCAUCCCCUGUACUGUGUCCGCAGUCUCUGGUCAUCCCCUGUACUGUGUCCGCAGUCUCAGGUCAUCCCCUGUACUGUGUCCGCAGUCUCAGGUCAUCCCCUGUACUGUGUCCGCAGUCUCAGGUCAUCCCCUGUACUGUGUCCGCAGUCUCAGGUCAUCCCCUGUACUGUGUCCGCAGU